UGCAGUAUUGUUACAACAAUACCUUUAUGAUAUUUCUGGUGAAUUUUUAAAAAAUCAAUAAUUAUAUAUUUGUUGUCAUAUACGUCACCUUUGAGCAAACACGAAAAAUUUUACAUCAGAAUACCAUCAGAACAGCUUUCCAACACAAUACGGCAAGAAUUAGCAAUAUGGCAGAUAAUAUAAAUGACGAUAUAAAAGAGGACAAACCCGGAGAAAGUAAAGAUGAGUUACAAAUGACAGCUGCAGAGGAACGAACAAGAUAUUUUAAAAAAUUAGAGAAAUGGUUGCAUGAAGCUUAUGCCUGGCAGAGCAUGGCUGCAAUAUUUCCGUAUUAUUUAAUGUCUGGGCAAAUAAUAAAUUCAUCGUCUGGUGUACCAUUAUUCCCAUCACAAGUAUCAAAUGUAGGAAAUACGCACAGGUUAAUUGUUGGCACGAAUGAUCAGGAGAACGAUUCACUCAGACAGAGGAGGCCGCAAGACCAUGUAGGACCCCUAUUUCAACCUCCUGGAGCUGAAGGUUUUGAGUACCGUAUACCUCCAAUAUGGAAGAGAUUCGCAGCUGAAUUUAUAGAUUCGAUAAUGUUGUUUCUUGUGAAAUUUUCUAUUACUUUUAUUGGUAUUGAUGUUUUUGAUUUCAGAGAUAUAGAUAAUCUAGACUUGGUAAUGGCAAGUGUGAGAAUUGAUUAUAAAAUGGCUUUACAACUGGCAUACGGUAUGGUAGUGUUAGAAAUAAUUCAUCGCAUAACGGUAUGCAUUUUUGAGACAUAUUGGCUUCAACAUGGGAUAAAUGGCCGUAUUGGUGGUGCAACACCUGGUAAAUCCAUGAUGGGGUUAAUAGUUGUCCAAUGCCGUAGUGUUACACCUGUUGAUAGACCUGAUGAUCCUGAUGUUGUACUUGUUUUACCAGGAAGAGAUUUAGGUUUACCGCUAGCGCUUGGAAGAUCAGUUGUGAAGAAUAUGAUUUUGGCAUUUUUAUUUCCUAUAUGUUUUGCCUUAUUUUUCUUCAGGUUUAAUAGAACUGUUUAUGACCUACUUUGCAAUUCCAUUGUAGUCGAAGAUCCUUACAGGAAUUUAAAUAAUAAUCGACUUCACCAACAAUAAAAAAUUAAAGAAUUGACUAUAUCUAUAUUGUAUAUAUUGUAUGCGUGCACGAGCGUAUAUAAUACGUACAUAAACGUUUCAAUCAAAUAUUGCAAUGUUAUAAAGUAUUUUUCUAGAUGUAUUACGAAUGCUCUUGCAA